AUGCGCUUGCUCGACACAACAACGCUCAAGCUCCACGAGUUCUUCGGGAGCGAGAUCCCGUACUAUGCUAUUCUUUCUCAUCGGUGGGGCGCCGAUGAAGUCACGUUCCAGGACUUGCAGCAGGGUCGAGGCCCGACGAUGGCGGGAUGGGCGAAGAUUGUAGGCUGUAGCGCCCAGGCUCGAAAGGAAGGCUGGGAAUACGCCUGGAUCGACUCAUGCUGCAUUGACAAAUCAAGCAGCGCAGAGCUUUCGGAGGCGAUUAACUCUAUGUUUCAAUGGUACAGGAAUUCUCAAGUUUGCUAUGCCUACCUCGUUGAUGUUCCUACCGAAGAAGAGGACCACUGGGGAGAGGGCUCGGCGUUUCGGAUGAGUGAAUGGUUUACCAGGGGGUGGACUCUCCAGGAGCUUCUUGCACCGGACGCGGUAUUCUUCUUCAACCGAGGUUGGGCCGAAAUCGGAACGAGGCGUACCUUUAGCAAGCUAAUAGCUUCUAUUACUAGCAUCCAUGAGCACUUUUUAGAAGGAGGGUUCAAGGCGGCAAGUGUAGCCCAGAAAUUCUCAUGGGCCUCAAAAAGGCGGACACUGAGGGUCGAGGACACAGCCUAUUGUCUAAUGGGUCUUUUCCGGGUACAUAUGCCUCUCAUAUACGGCGAGGGUAACGAUGCAUUUACUCGGCUCCAACUUGAAAUCAUGAAGAUUUCCGAUGACGACUCCCUCUUUGCUUGG